UGGCGGCGGCCAUGGCGGCGGGCCCGGUGCGCCUCUGGGCGCGCACGGAGCCGUUCCUGGCGGGCGCUUUGCCGGCGCCACCGCCCCCCCGCCUCGCCCCGCACUACCUGCGCAAGGCCGCAGCCUACGCCCGCGCCAGGGCCGACCAGGGGUGCUUCCCGCGGCUGCGCUGGCCCCGCUGGCGCCACAUCGCCUGCGGGAAGCUGCAGCUCGGCCGCGACCUCGCCUGGCUCUACUUCGAGCUGUUCCACGGCCUCCUCGGGCCCGACCCGCCCCGCCGUCUCCGCUGGGCCGAGGCGGAGGCCUCCUGUGCCACUGCCGAGGAGCUGGAGCGGGAGAGGAGCAAGCUGUCCGUGGACACGCUGCAGUUCCUGCUGUUCCUGUACUUGCAGCAGCUCCACAGGUUGUCCCUGCGCAGGUCCCUGCUCGGCGAUGAGUGGCCCAGCCCCAGGACCGAACCUCCCGGUUUUCCUGGGAAGUCUGCCAACGGGAAUAAGAACUGGAAUGACCAGGAGCACUGCGCCUUCGUGCAGAGCCACCUCCUGGACAUGCUGGAGCUGCUGCUGGAGCCGGAGCAGCUCUCAGCCUCGUCCCAUUCCAGCUCCAGCAGCCUGGUGUCCCUGGAGGCCCUGAGUGCCCUGAGCCUCCUGCUCGAGGGCUCCGUGGGCGCUUCCCGGGCGGUGCGACCGCUCCACGAGCUGGCCCUGUGCCCGCCCUGCCGGCCCCACAAUGGCUUCUCUGAGGGCACCAGAGCCUUCUCCCUGCCCCGCCUGGAGAGCUGGAUCCGCUCCUGCCUCACUGCCAAUCCCUUGGGAAUGACCGCCUGCAUCAGGGCAGGCAGGAAGCUGGCAUGGGCACAGCAAGUUGAAGGAGCAACCAGGAGAGCCAAGAUUGCCUGCAGUGCCCGGGUGGUGCCCGAGGUGUCCCCCAUGGUGAUCAUGAGCCAGGUGUACAGGCAGACCCUGGCCAAGAGCUCAGACACCCUGGUGGGGGCUCAUGUGAGGAUCCAUCGCUGCAAUGAGUCCUUCAUCUACCUCCUGUCCCCCCUCCGCUCUGUGACCAUCGAGAAGUGCCGGAGCAGCACGUUUGUCCUGGGCCCCGUGGAGAUGUCGGUGCACGUGCAGAGCUGUGACAACGUCAGGGUCAUGGUGGUUUGCCACCGCCUGUCCCUGGCAUCCACCACUGGCUGCACUUUCUACACUCUGACACCCACCCAGCCCCUCAUCCUCUCGGGGAAUCAGGCAGUCAGCUUUGCCCCUUUCCACACCCACUAUCCCAUGCUGGAGGACCACAUGGCUCAGGUGGGCUUGGCCACUCUGCCCAACUACUGGGACAGCCCCAUGUUGGUGUGCAGGGAGAGCAGUGACUCGAGUGUGUUCCGCCUCCUGCCCCCCUCGGACUUCUACACCUUUGUGAUUCCCUUUGAGAUGGAAGGAGACACCAUGGAGACGCCGGGGGGGCUCCCCCAGGAAUACCAGGAGGCUCUGAGGCAGCGGGAGCAGCGGGUCCAGGUGUGGCAGCGCACGGUGAAGGAGGCGGGUCUGACCAAACAGUUUUUAAUCAGGAGGGAUCAGAGGAAACGGCUCCAGAUGUUGGUAGAAAACAAGUUCUAUGAGUGGCUAGUCCAGACGGGGAACCGGCAGCAGCUGGACAGCCUGGUCCCCCUUGCCAUGGGAUCCAAGCAGGCAGCAGGAUAACAUCCCCUUCCUCAGCACAGAAGGAAAGGAAGGAGCUCAGGGAACAGGUAGCAAUACCCCCAACUCAGUUCCCAUUAAGACUUUGUGGCCAUCCUGCCUGGACUCACUGGAUCCAACACCCAGCCUUGGACUGUCUGGCUGCUCUAGGAUUCUUGAUCACUGCUGCCUUCCCAGGAAUGUGCUGUACUUAUCCUGUUGGUGACUGAGAUGGCACUGGAGGAUGAUGAAAUUGUACCUUGUUGCAGAGGUGACGUCAUGGUGGGUGUCCAUGUGUGCAGGUAUCCAGCACACCAGGAUCCUGGGACAAAGCUGGAUGCAGGGCCCUGGGCAUCACCUGCAUUUCAUGGUACAAACCAGCUGCAGUGGUUUUAUAAAUGUGAAAAAGAAGUGUUUGACUAUUUUAUGAAUUCAAUCCAGUAGGUUUUUUUAAUAUGAAAAUGGCACUUAAAUGAUGGGGUUUUUAUGGGACGAACUUUUGUAAGCGCUAGGAUUUUAUGGAAUGAACUUUUGUACAUGGUUGACAACUGUCAAUAAACCAGAGUUCUUGGAUAAA